AUCUCCACCACUAUUGAAAUAGCAAUAACAAGAACAAACAGGGGCCUCGCAGCCGUUUUUCGCCGUCCGUCUCCCGUGUCCGUGACGCAAAAUUAUUACUUUUAUGCUACUCCCCGCUCCACCCACGCAAGCAGCAGUUGUAGCCGAGUGCGUAGCAUAUCCAGGAUGAGUGUUCUACCGUUUGUACGCGGCGUUGACUUUACAAAAAAUGACUUUAGCAAAACAUUCCCCAGCUCAAUGCGGCAAAUGUCGCGGGUCCAAUGGCUAACAUUGGACCACACACAACUCCAUGAAAUACCCGAGGAGCUGGGCCAGCUGCAAAAGCUCGAGCAUUUAUCGCUCAAUCACAAUCAGCUGGAGAAGCUCUUUGGCGAACUUACUGAACUCACCUGCCUGCGUUCCUUGGAUCUGCGUCACAAUCAACUGAAGAACAGCGGCAUACCGCCCGAACUCUUCCAUCUGGAGGAGUUGACAACGUUGGAUUUAUCGCACAAUCGCCUGAAGGAGGUGCCCGAGGGCUUGGAGCGUGCCAAGAAUUUGAUAGUGCUCAAUUUGAGCUAUAAUCAAAUCGAAAGCAUACCAACUGCCCUUUUCAUACACCUGACGGAUUUGCUGUUUCUGGAUUUGUCGCACAAUCGUCUGGAAACAUUGCCGCCGCAGACACGUCGCUUGAUCAAUCUAAAGACACUGGAUUUAUCAAACAAUCCGUUGGAAUUGUUCCAGCUACGUCAGCUGCCAUCGCUGCAGAGUCUAGAGGUGCUCAACAUGAGCUGCACACAACGCACACUCCUCAAUUUCCCCACGAGCAUCGAUAGUUUGGCGAACCUUUGUGAAUUGGAUUUGUCGCACAAUGCGCUGCCCAAGCUUCCCGAUUGUGUGUACAAUGUGAGCACGCUGGUGCGCUUAAAUCUCUCGGACAAUGAGAUCACUGAGCUUAGCUCUAGUUUGGAGCACUGGCAGCGUCUGGAAUCGUUGAAUUUGUCGCGCAAUCAAUUGACGCUGCUUCCCGCAUCGUUGUGCAAAUUGUCGCGACUGCGUCGCCUGUUUGUCAACGAUAAUAAGCUCAACUUUGAGGGCAUACCCUCGGGCAUUGGCAAACUGGGCGCCUUGGAGUGCUUUUCGGCCGCAAACAAUCUGCUCGAAAUGGUGCCCGAGGGUCUGUGUCGUUGUGGUGCAUUGAAACAGCUCAAUUUGAGUUGUAACCGCUUGAUCACGCUGCCGGAUGCCAUACAUUUAUUGGAGGGUCUGGAUCAGUUGGAUUUGCGGGAGAAUCCAGAGCUGGUGAUGCCACCGAAGCCCAGUGAAGCGAGCAAAGCGACAAGCCUCGAGUUCUACAAUAUUGAUUUCUCGCUGCAAACGCAAUUGCGUCUCGCCGGCGCCGCUGUGCCGCCCUCAAUGCCCGCCACUGCCACGCCCAAGGAUGCGACGGCGCGCAAGAUACGUUUGCGACGCGGUGGACCGCGUGCCGAUGGCGAUGGCGGUCAGGAUGCGGCCAAGGUGCUCAAGGGCAUGAAGGAUGUGGCCAAGGAUAAGCAAAAGGAUGAUCUGGAUGCCACGCAAGCGGAAUCGCUGAAGCCGAAGCGUUGGGAUGAAUCACUGGAGAAGCCACAGCUGGAUUACUCCAAGUUCUUUGAGAAGGAGGACGGCCAACAACCGGGUCUGACCAUCUGGGAGAUUGAAAACUUUUUACCCAACAAAAUCGACGAAGUGGUGCAUGGCAAAUUCUACGAGGGCGAUUGCUACAUUGUGCUGAAAACGAAAUACGAUGAACUGCACACGCUCAGCUGGGAGAUCUUCUUCUGGAUUGGCAACGAGGCGACGCUGGAUAAGCGCGCCUGUGCUGCCAUUCAUGCCGUCAAUUUGCGCAACUAUUUGGGCGCACGGUGUCGCACCAUACGCGAGGAGCAGGGCGACGAAUCCGAUGAGUUUCUCGCGCUCUUCGAAACGGAAGUCAUCUACAUCGAAGGCGGCCGCACUGCCACCGGCUUCUAUACGAUCGAGGAGAUGAUCCACAUCACACGGCUGUAUCUGGUGCACGCGUACGGCGCCAGCAUCCAUCUGGAACCGGUGGCUGUGACGCUGCAGUCGCUGGAUCCGCGCCACGCCUUCGUGCUCGACCUGGGCACACGCAUACACAUUUGGCUGGGCAAACGGUCGAAGAAUACGCUGAACUCGAAGGCGCGCUUGAUGGCCGAGAAGAUCAACAAGACGGAGCGCAAGAAUAAAUGCGAUAUCCAUGUGGAUUUGCAGGGAGAGGAGAGCGUCGAGUUUUGGGAUGCCUUCGAUGUGCUGCCCGAGGAGGUGGCCCAGUUGCCGGCGCCGCAGGAGCAUGUCGCCGAUGACUUUGAGCCGGUGCAGCCGCGUCUGUAUCAGGUGCAGCUGGGCAUGGGCUAUCUGGAGUUGCCGCAGGUGGAGUUGCCGGAGCAGAAGCUGAGCCACACACUGCUGAAUAGCAAGCAUGUCUAUAUACUCGACUGCUAUACGGAUCUGUUUGUGUGGUUCGGCAAGAAGUCGACGCGUUUGGUGCGCGCCGCCGCCGUCAAGCUGAGCCGGGAGCUCUUCAACAUGCUGGAGCGGCCGGAUUGUGCGCUCGUGAUGCGUGUGCCCGAGGGCAAUGAGAUGCAAAUCUUCCGCACCAAAUUCCCUGGCUGGGACGAAGUGAUGGCCGUUGAUUUCACGCGCACCGCCAAAUCGGUGGCCAAAACGGGCGCGAAUCUAACGCAAUGGGCGCGCCAACAGGAGACGCGCACCGAUUUGGCGGCGCUCUUUAUGCCGCGACAAAGUGCGAUGCCGCUGUCGGAGGCGGAACAGCUGGAGGAGGAGUGGAACUAUGAUCUCGAGAUGAUGGAGGCAUUUGUGCUCGAGAACAAGAAGUUUGUGCGGCUGCCCGAGGAGGAGCUGGGACACUUUUAUACCGGCGAAUGUUAUGUAUUUCUCUGUCGCUAUUGCAUACCAGUGGAUGAUGUCAUCGAUGGCUGUGGCGAGAACGGUGCUGAUGCAACUGCCGGCGAUGAUAGCAAACUGUCAACGUCAUCGUUAUCGGCGUCAGCGCCGCCGCCAGAGGAUGAGAUCGAGUGUGUGGUUUACUUCUGGCAGGGACGCAAUGCCGGCAAUAUGGGUUGGCUGACGUUUACGUUUACGCUGCAGAAGAAAUUCAAGGCCAUGUUCGGUGAGGAGCUGGAGGUGAUGCGCAUCUUUCAGCAGCAGGAGAACCUUAAAUUCAUGUCGCACUUUAAGCGCAAGUUCAUCAUUCAUACGGGCAAGCGCAAGGAUAAGUCAUUGACGCCGGAUGGCAAGCCGGCGGUAGAGUUCUUCCAUUUGCGUUCCAAUGGCGGUGCAUUGACCACGCGCCUCAUACAAAUCCAGCCGGAUGCAGUGCACCUGAACUCGGCAUUCUGCUAUAUACUUCAUGUGCCAUUCGAAACGGAGGACGAGUCACAGUCGGGCAUUGUGUACGUCUGGCUGGGCAGCAAGUCAUGCAACGAGGAGGCCAAACUGGUUCAGGAGAUUGCCGAGCAGAUGUUCAACAGUCCCUGGGUGAGCCUGCAGAUACUCAACGAGGGCGACGAACCGGAGAAUUUCUUUUGGGUGGCGCUGGGAGGUCGCAAAACCUAUGAUACGGAUGCUGAUUAUAUGAAUUAUACGCGACUGUUUCGCUGCUCCAACGAGCGUGGCUAUUAUACGGUGGCCGAGAAGUGUGCCGAUUUCUGUCAGGAUGAUUUGGCCGAUGAUGAUAUCAUGAUACUCGAUAAUGGGGAACACGUCUUCCUUUGGAUGGGGCCACGUUGCAGUGAAGUUGAGGUGAAGUUAGCGUAUAAAUCGGCUCAGGUUUACAUACAGCAUAUGCGGAUUAAGCAGCCGGAGAGGCCGCGUAAACUCUUUUUGACCAUGAAGAACAAGGAGUCGAGACGUUUCUCCAAGUGCUUCCAUGGCUGGAGUGCGUUUAAGGUGUAUAUUUAAAUACGAAAUAUGUAACGGAAUUCCGGGCGGAAUCUAAUGCCGUGACAGUGCAACCGCCGGGGACACGACAAUUCUAUACGAUGACUGCAAUAUACACAUAUACACUUAAUUCACACACACCCAACACACACACACUCACACACAUACAACAAACGACAAGAAAAUCGCCAGCAAAAAUGUUUGUACUUUUAUAAUGUAUUUAAUUGUUUUUUAAUUUUUUUAUUUUUAGAUCCGUUGUUUUUUUUUAUAUAAUUUUUUUUAUAUAUACUAUUUCGCCGCCCAAUUAAUGAACUUAUCGAGAACAAAAAUGCAAAAAAAAAAAACAAAACAACAAGAACUCGCCCCUGUCUACGCAAAGUAUUCUCUUUUAUCUACAUAUAUAUACAUAUAUAUGUAUACUACUGUAUGUACUACUUAUCUAUUAUGUAUAUCUUACAUAUAACUAUAUUUAUAUGCUGAGCCGGCGAACUUUUUGUGCUAGUCCUGAUGAUGUUUUAUCCUCAGAUAUCAAAACGUUAACGAUGAAACAAAAACAAAACAAAAAUCCAAACAAUUGCUAAUUGCACAAUAUCUUGCUGCUUGCAAAAAUUCGCCAACUAAUUGUACAAAAAAAUCAUAUUUAUUGCAAUUAACCAAUUAUACAAAAAUGAAAAAUUAAUAAAAAAUGCCAAUUCAAAAAAAUA